AUGAAUGCGGAGAAUCAAGAUGUGCUGCUGGAUCUGGAGGGGGAGGAGGAGGAGGAGGAGGAGGAGGAGGGAGAGGAGGAGGAGGGAGAUGAUGAUGAUGAUGGUGAUGGGGAGACCGUCUUGGAACUGAACCAGGUGAUUAUUCCCACUUACGGAACUGUGCCGGAUCAGCAAAAUCUCCAUACUCCUGAAUGGGCUGAUUUUGAUGGUAAGCCUGAUUCCUUGUUCUUCAGUGAUGGGCAGCGAAGAAUUGACUUUGUUUUGGUGUAUGAAGAUGAAAGCAAAAAAAUGGCUCGUAAGAGGAGUGAUCGUAAGAAGCAAAAGAGGAAGAGGCAAGCAUACGAAUCAAAACUGAUAACGAACGGCUUGCAACUUGAAGCAACAAGAUCGGUUUUGGAUGAAAAACUAGUUUUCGUGAAAGUCCAUGCACCUUGGGAAGUGCUGUGCACAUACGCCGAGGUUAUGCAUAUCAAAUUGCCUCUGCAACCCAAUGACCUGAAAACUCGAGACUCAACUUUCAACUGGUUUAGUAGACUCUUCAGUGUGGACGAAAACAUCAUCAAACCUGAGCAAGAGUUUUUCACCGCCCCUUUUCGAAAGGAACAUUUGUCCAACUUUUAUAUUCAAGACAAAGACACUUUUUUCAAUCCUGCCACUAGAAGCCGAAUUGUUCAUUUUAUCCUGUCCCGUGUGGAAUAUACAACUAAAAACAAUGUGAAAAAGUUUGGCAUUAACAAAUUACUGGACGCUGGAAUCUACAAAGCAGCAUUUCCCCUUCAUGACUCUAGUUUUAGGCACCUGUCAACUGAUCCUGACUGCCCAAGUGAACGAUACCUUCUCUACAGAGAAUGGGCUCAUCCUAAAAACAUUUUCAAACUGCAACCCCUGGAUUUCAUCAGGAAAUACUAUGGAGAGAAAAUUGGAAUCUACUUUGCUUGGCUGGGCUUUUACACUAAUAUGCUGAUCGUGGCUGCAGUUGUAGGAGUUGGCUGCUUUCUGUAUGGAUGCCUGAGAAAGGACGACUGCACAUGGAGCCAAGAAGUAUGUGAUCCCAACAUAGGAGGUAAUAUCAUAAUGUGCCCUCAGUGUGAUAAAGUAUGUACCUACUGGAACCUCACCAUCACUUGUGAAUCGUCCAAGAAACUGUGUAUAUUUGAUAGCUUUGGAACACUGGUGUUUGCAGUAUUUAUGGGAAUAUGGGUUACUUUGUUUUUGGAGUUUUGGAAGCGACGGCAGGCUGAACUGGAGUAUGAAUGGGACACGGUUGAGUACUUAGAGCAAGAAGAACAAGUUCGUCCGGAAUACGAAGCUCGGUGCACUCAUGUAGUAAUGAAUGAAAUCACACAGCAAGAAGAACAUGUGCCAUACACUGCCUGUGGGAAGUGCAUACGGAUGACUUUCUGUACAAGUGCAGUCUUCUUCUGGAUUCUUUUGAUUAUUGCUUCAGUUAUUGGAAUCAUUGUCUACAGGCUCUCGGUUUUCCUGGUAUUUUCUUCCACAUUGUCACAGCACGUUAAUGGAACGGAGGCGAUCCGCAAGUACCUGACUCCGCAGACAGCCACUUCAGUAACUGCUUCACUCAUCAGCUUUAUAGUCAUUAUGGUUCUCAAUGUCAUCUAUGAAAAAGUGGCCAUCCUGAUUACUGACUUCGAGCUUCCAAGGACACAGACUGAAUAUGAAAACAGUCUGACCACAAAGAUGUUCUUGUUCCAGUUUGUCAACUACUAUUCUUCAUGCUUCUACAUAGCCUUCUUUAAGGGUAAAUUUGUAGGUUACCCUGGAAAUCCAGUUUAUUGGCUAGGAAAGUAUCGCAAUGAAGAGUGUGAUCCAGGCGGAUGUCUCCUUGAACUCACUACUCAGCUUGCCAUCAUAGUAGGAGGUAAAGCAAUCUGGAACAACAUUCAAGAAGUGCUUCUUCCUUGGGUUAAAAAUCUAAUCGGAAGAUACUGCGCAGCUGCUAGAUCAGAAAAAGUUGUUCCACGCUGGGAACAGGACUACCACCUGCAGCCCAUUGGAAAACUUGGACUGUUUUAUGAGUAUCUUGAAAUGGUUAUACAGUUUGGCUUUGUCACUCUGUUUGUGGCAUCGUUCCCCCUCGCUCCUCUUCUGGCUCUUAUUAACAACAUGUUGGAAAUCCGGUUGGAUGCAUGGAAGCUGACGACCCAGUUCAGGCGCAUGGUUCCACAGAAGGCACAGGACAUUGGUGCCUGGCAGCCCAUCAUGCAAGGCAUAGCCAUUCUGGCAGUGAUCACCAACGCUAUGAUAAUUGCUUUUACAUCUGACAUGAUUCCUCGUCUGGUUUAUUACUGGUCCUUUUCAGUCCCUCCUUAUGGGAGUCACAGCAGUCACACUAUGAAAGGAUAUAUAAACAGUACACUUUCUAUCUUCAAUACAUCAGACUUCAAGAGUGCAAGCAAGCCAUUUUCCCCUUGGAACCAAACGACAUGCAGAUAUCGGGAUCUCCGCUACCCUCCUGGUCACCAGCACCAAUAUGAGCAUAACAUAUACUACUGGCACGUCAUUGCAGCCAAGCUGGCUUUCAUCAUUGUCAUGGAGCAUGUCAUAUACUUUGUGAAGUUUAUUAUUUCAUACGUAAUUCCGGAUGUAUCACAAAAGACCAAAAGCAAGGUCAAACGAGAGAAGUACCUGACACAGAAACUCUUGCAUGAGAAUGAUCUCAAAGUUGUGAAAAAAACCAUGGGGAAAAUAGCCAACAAAAUUAUCAAAGGAGUAGACAGCACAUUCUUCCCUAAAGCUGAAUAAGUACUUUUUUGUGUGUGGUAUAACAGUAUUUAGCCAACUAAUACUUGUCCAGAUAUUACCAAUAGCUAAUCAAACACUUUGGAUUAAUUUCCUAUACGAAACAUUGUUUCUUGCAACUGUUACCAGCUCAUUUACCUGUUUCCCUUGGACAAAUCCAACCACUGUGACUCAGAUAAGAGUUACCAAUUUUUUAAACAGCUUUAGUAGGACAUAUUUUUUAACACAUAAAAAUAAAAGUUAUUUAUCACUUUAAGAUGAUGCAGAUUUAUUCUCAAAUACUCAAAUAGAGUGCUUUCCAUUUUAUUUGGGCAUUGGCUAUUAGAUCUCUUUUUUGAUUUGAAUAAAACCUUAAGAACAAGAAUGAUUUGUUGUAAGGAUACCAUCACAUCUUCUGAAGGAGUUUUGAUUACUUGCUAAUGCAAACCCCACCUAUAAACUGAAGAGGAAAAGCCAAAACACGAAGGAAAGAGAAGGAAAAUACAACUAAAAAUCAUGUCGUUAAGCCAUUGGAAUAGACAUACUGAAUGCUGUUGUGUGCUACACUGAAUUAGCUAUGCAUACUGAGACUUAAAUGGAUAACAAGAUAUUUUGGUUAAUCAUGGACUUGGAUCACAAGAAGCAGCAGGACUGUAAGCCCAUCCUGUUCAUCAAUCUCUGUGUAAAUAGGAGAAUUGCCUUUGAAAUCAAUGCGUACAAACUGACUUUACAGCACUCCAAGUGAGUAGAAAACUCAGGCAUUUUAUCUUUCCCCAGUCAAUGUACUUUCAUUAGUUCAGUUGCCCAUUCUGCUCUGAAUGACCAUAGCCUUGAAGGUCUCCUACCUGUAACAGCAAUGAGUGUUAAAAGUCUUUUCACAUACUAAAUCAAUAUUUGUGGAGGGCUGUCUUUUGCAUUUCUCCCACACCAGAGGCAUCGUGCUCUUCCCUGAUAGAUUUCAACACAGGAAGAAUGUGCAGCUGGACCUGCUGUGAUACAACUUUGCGUGAUAAAGUGAAUUCUGACAAGACCAUGAAUCUUUUGAAAGCGGAGGUCGGAAUAAACCAUUUAAUAAGCCUUAACCGUGUUACAAAGCUUUAAGUAACUAGGAAAGAUGUUAGAGGUGUGGAUGCAUGUGCCAGAGCCAUCAGUCAUCUUCAAAUUAGGCAGAUCUGCUUGGCUAUUUUGGCUCCAGUUGCAAAGUGGGAUUCAGGGAAUUACAGAUUAAACAUGUAUGUAGAGCUCCAUUUUGCGUCUGCAGCAGUGAUAUUCCAGAUUAUUAACUUUUAUCAGUUUUAGUGGACCAAUUUCUACAAAUUCUGAAAACCAACAUCUUGUUAAAGAAGCAAAAAUAUUCCUGUACUCUGUAAACUAGGUGAUUACUGUUGUGUUUGUCAUUUUGUACUCUUCUUAAAUGUAAAAGAUAUGCAGAACUUUUAGGCAGAUUAUUCAUAUAGCUUUUUGCAUAUUAGGAAGUUCAUUUGCAGAAACUAAGUAGCAUGUGUAAGAUGUAUCUUAUCCCAUUAAUAAUCAGAAGGAAUCAAAUGUCUGAAUUUUGUAGAAAAACUUCCAAAUACUUACUGCUGCGUACCUCAGGCCUAUCCUUUGAAAUGGCAACAUUUAAACCAGAAGAGGUAGCACAUGAAGGGAGUCCUUUCAGAAGUCAUGAUACCCCAGCUUUCACUCAGCAAGACUUUGCAUGACUGCACAGAAGAACGUGAGAGGAAAGCUUGGUUCAAAAAUCGAGGAAAGAUGAAAGAAAGAAACAAAAAGGCUCCAGAGAACCACUUGCAUUUCUGACACUGAAGGACUGAAGCUUACUCAUUAUAAUGCCCAGAAAACUUUGUCCAGACAUCAUCACCUGAAGAAGAAAAGAUGCAGGACAGAAAAACAAGGUAGACUGUAAUGAUAAAUGACAGUCAACCGGAGAAGCAAUGGAACCAGUGCUUCUUUGCACAGGGAUUUCUACCCUUUGCCAUUUAUUUUGAUUUUGUCAGAAUCCUGACAAGUCUUUAUUUACCAGGAAGCAAAUAUAAAUUGGGCAGAUGGACAAACACUCAGAAGUUUCUAAACGAGACAGAAUUUCUUAUCAAAAUCUAUCCCCUCAACACUGCUUUGAUCUUUUCGCUGGAUCUGGGCAUCCUGGGCUGCAUCAAAACAAGAGUGGCCAGUGGGUCGCAGGAGGUGAUUCUGCUUCUCUACUCCGCUCUGGUGAGACCCCCACCUGGAGGGCUGCAUCCAGCUCUGGAGCCCUCAACAAGGGAAGGACAUGGGCCUGUUGGAGGGGGUCCAGAGAAAAGCCACAAAAAUGUUCUGAGGGCUGGAGCACCUCUCCUGUGAGGACAGGCUGAGAGAGUUGGGGCUGUUCAGCCUGGAGAAGAGAAGGCUGUGGGGAGACCUUAUUGAGGCCUUUCAGUACUUAAAGCGGGACAACAGGAAGGAUGCGGAAAAUCUCUUUAGCAAGGCCUGUAGUGACAGGAGAAGGGGUAAUGGUUUUAAACAAAAGGAGGGUAGGUAGAUUUAGACUGGAUGUAAGGAAAAAAUUUUUUACAAUGAGGGUGGUGAAACACUGGAACAGGUUGCCCAGAGCGGUGGCAGAUGCCCCAUCCCUGGAAACAUUCAAGGUCAGGUUGGACGGGGCUCUGAGCAACCUGGUCUAGUUGAAGAUGUCCCUGCUCAUUGCAGGGCGGUUGGACUAAAUGACCUCUAAAGGUCUCUUCCAACCCAUAACAUUCUAUGAUUCUAUGAUCACAGGAUGACUGGGGUUGGAAAGGACUUCUGGAGGUCACCCGAUCCAACACCCCUGCUUAGGCAAGGCCACCAAGAGCAGGCUGCCCAGGAUCAUGUCCAGAUGGCUUUUCAGUAUCUCCAAGGAUGGAGACUCCAUGACCUCCCUGGGCAACUUGUGCCAGUGCUCUGUCACCCUCACAGCGAAGUGUUUCUUGAUGUUCACAGGGAACCUCCUGUGCUUCAGUUUGUGCCCAUUGCCUCCGGUCCUGUCACUGCAUAGUAUACCAAACUCCUGUUUAAAACAAAUUUUUGUCAAAAAAAACUUUUCAUGGAACGAUUUUAGGGAAGUACUCAGGAUUUUGCUGUGCAAAAUUAGUUUAGUUAGAAAGGCCAGUCAACUCUUUGCGGACUUGGAGCUUUUGAUUUUAGCUUUGAACUGGCUCUUCCCUAUCUGCAGUUGUGUCAGCUGAGAUGCCAUUUUCAUACCCCUGUCAGUGAUGACAGUGCCAGUGUGCCUUAAACACCCUUUCAGGUGCGGUGUUGGAGGGCUGGGGCAGGCAAGGAGGCAUCCUGUGAUAAAGGAAAAACAAUGCAGCACAAAAUGGACCGUUUCAGGUAAUUAUUUGGUUUUAAGGAAGCAUGUAUUGCCCUCUUUGGGAGGUAAAGAGACUAGGAAACAAAGGAAUUAAGUGCCUUGCCUGGGGUCGCACUGUGAGCAGUGGCAGAGUUUAAGGCUGAUUUCCAGGAGUGCCUGCGUCUUCUGCUCCUCGUUUGGUUCCUGUGGCCUCUCUCAGUUGCCCCUUUUUACAUCAGUUGGCAGCGUUUCCUAAAGAGAGGGGUUGGCCCUCAGUGUCAUCGAGAUAUUAUAUUCCUGCCUUUAAAAUAAUGAUUUAAAUAAAAACGUGGCACAUCAGCAAAGUGUGUAUAUCCAUGACUUGGGCUCCUCCCAUAAUAAAAUCCUAAACAGCUUUGGGUGUGUUUCUACAUUAACAUUUUUGUUCAGCUCAAGAGAGUGCUUUUGAAACUAGUCUUCCACUUGUCCCCACCUUCUGAGUGGUGCUUUCCAUUAUAGACUGGUCUCAGGGCACAUGGACUGGAUUCCCCUUGGUUUUAAACGGAACCAGAAGGCAGGUUUUAGAUAUGCACUUAAUGGUCUUUGACAGGUCCAGCGAGCUAAAACCAGACCUGGCUGAAGAGAGUAGUGAGUACUGCAUGGGCAUCAGCUAGUCAACAUCAACUUUUUGCUCUAGUGAUUUGCUUCUGAAGUGCCACGCUCCUCGCUAAUGUAGCUGUAACAUUUCACUUCAGAAGACAUUAUAUCAGGAAUUCAGUCCAGUUUGCCAUAUGCACAGUGUUAUUCACAGCACAGUUCUGAAUGAGGGAGAAAGAAGAGGAAAACUAGGAAAGUGCCUAAUAAUUACAUUUUAAUAGCUGGAAUUUUUAACCUGUGCAAUUUCUGUAGCCUCUACCUCCAACUGCUGAAAUGUGCUCUGCUUGUGCACAGGGAGCUCUGUGCCGGCAUCAGAACAAAACGUUGGGGGGGCGGCUGCCAACAUAUGACUAUUUGUAACUUGCUUUUUUUUUUUUUAAGGCUACGUCACUUUAACAAUAUUUAAAGAUCUGCUUGAAGGGAAAAUUAACAUUUGUUUUAAACUAUGAAUCAAUUUUACUCUUUUCUAAACUUUAUUUGUAAGCCAGACUCUUUCUUUGUACAGAGGUCAGGGUGAACUUGGACCAGUGACAAUUUCAGUGCCUUAACAAGCACCGUGAAUUACAGACCAUCGCUACUGUUUUAGACUCCAUGUAUGUUUAUAAAAUUCAGAAUGUAAGAAUGUAUUUUUUUGUAUUUUUUCUAAGAAUGUUUGCUAUUAGUUUCUGAAUGUUAAGAUGUCUUUAUAUUUAUUGCCAUUAAAAAAGUGUAUUUUAAAAUAACAAUACAUCUGAUGUUGAUUAGCAUUGUUUGUUUUUCCAUGAAUGAUACUGCUGUUGCCAAAUGCUACAUUUGAAUUCUUAGAAUGUCAUCCCUGUCUAGUUUCCAUAUUUCUCCUCUUUUUCAAUCUUCUUCCAUUAAAC